AUGUAUAAUUGCUUCUUUUUUUCGUCUGACCAACAGGACCAACCCAAGAAAGAGAGUGUAGUUUGCGCUGGUGGUUUAAAAAGGUUGGUUCCCGAUGCGUGCACUGUGCAGGAAGGAUGGGUGAAGGACGAAGAUUCAGAUUCCCACAAGCCAAUCCUAAAGCUUCAACUCGGCGGAGACUCCAAAGUAUGGUAA